AUGGCAGAGCGGAAGGCUGUUAUCAAGAACGCCGACAUGUCGGAGGACAUGCAGCAGGAUGCUAUCGACUGUGCCACUCAGGCCCUCGAGAAGUACAACAUCGAGAAAGAUAUCGCUGCCUACAUUAAAAAGGAAUUCGACAAGAAGUAUAACCCCACCUGGCACUGUGUUGUCGGCCGUAAUUUCGGCUCCUACGUGACGCAUGAAAGCAAGCACUUCAUCUACUUCUACCUUGGGCAGGUUGCCAUCCUCUUGUUCAAGUCCGGUUAA